UUUCCAGCUCUCCGGCCCGACGGAAUAUGCAAUACAAGAGCUCCAGUUGAGGCCUCUCAGCUCUCACUCUCUCAGAGGUUAAAGUAAUUGCCUAAUUGGAGAGAUGGGUGAGGUCGAUGCCGCCUUCAUCCAAGACAUAGAGCACAGACCUCAGCUCCUCGUAGUUGAGGCUGAAGGAAUUCCAGUGAUUGAUCUCUCUGUCUUGAACUCUUUCCAGGAGGGUGAUGACCCACGGGGACUUGCAGGUCUUGUGGCUGAGAUAGGUGGUGCAUGCAAAGACUGGGGUUUCUUCCAGGUGAUUAACCAUGGGGUGCCAUCCGAUCUGCGACUGCAAGUUGAGACGGUGUCAAAGAGGUUCUUCGCUCUGUCUCUGGAUGAGAAACGCAGGGUACGGAGAGACGAGGCGAAUUCUUUGGGUUACUACGACACUGAGCAUACGAAGAAUGUCAGGGACUGGAAGGAGGUCUUUGAUUUCAUGCUGGAGGAUCCGGCGGUAAUACCAGCUUCACACGAACCAGAUGACAACCGCUUAAACCAGUUGAGGAACCAGUGGCCUGAGUACCUUCCUCAGCUCAGGGGAGCCUGUGAAGGCUAUGGUCGAGGCAUAGAGAAACUAGCAUUUAAGCUGUUGGAGCUAAUCUCCCUGAGCUUAGGCUUGCCUGCGAAACGGUUGAAUGGCUUCUUCAAAGAUCAGACCAGCUUUAUCCGUCUCAACCACUACCCUCCUUGCCCUUCACCUCACCUUGCCUUGGGUGUUGGUCGACAUAAGGACUCAGGAGCCCUCACUGUGCUCGCUCAGGAUGAUGUUGGUGGCCUGGAAGUGAAGCGCAAGGCAGAUGGUCAAUGGGUUAGGGUCAAGCCCAUCCCGGACUCCUACAUCAUCAAUGUUGGCGACAUAAUCCAGGUAUGGAGCAAUGAAUUGUACGAGAGUGCAGAGCAUAGGGUGAGGGUGAACACAGAGAGGGAGAGAUUUUCCAUACCUUUCUUCUUCAACCCUUCACAUUAUGUUAUGGUGAAACCUCUGGAGGAGCUGCUAAAUGAGAAGAACCAGCUUCCAAAGUACAAUGAAUAUAACUGGGGCAAGUUCUUCGCCAAAAGGAAGCUAAGCGAUUUCAAGAAGCUUGCUGUUGAAAACAUUCAGAUAUAUCACUUCAAGAAAUCAGAUUAAAGUGAGGUUUCGUAAAGCUGGAUAUUGAUUUUUGAGAAAGCAAGAAAGAUCUGAGUGUGGCUCUAGAUUCUAAAUAGCUAAAUUUUGCUGUCUGCUUGAAAAUCGGUUUGUAAUAAUAUCUGAAAAGAGAUUGUUUUACAUUUUAGCUCUAUGAAUUUAUUAGUUUAUUUUUUUA